AUGGAAGAUAUUUAUACUAAUGUGCACUAUUGGCUUGUUGACCACCCAACCAUUAGCAAAUUUGAGUGGAAACAAGGCCACACAUUUGGUUCCUCCCUAUGUUUUCUUACGCUCUCAAUUUCUAUUUACUUGUUCAUUACACUAUUAUCUUUUCGCUUUUCAUUACUCCUCCCCACACUCCCAAUUACCAUCCUCCACCGCAUUACGGCCGUGCACAGCCUCAUCCUUUGCCUUGUCUCUCUUAUCAUGAUCGUUGGUUGUAGCCUUGCUGUCCUCAACCAAAUGCCACGACAUGAUUGGAGACGAUGGGUAUUUUGCUUCCCUGUCGACAAUAAUAGUAUUACUCUUCCAAGCGGACCCAUGUUCUUUUGGAUCCACUUUUAUUACUUGUCAAAGAUUCUUGAAUUUAUAGACACUAUUUUGAUCAUUCUUAGUAGAUCUCGAUCGCGAAGGCUCUCAUUCCUCCAUGUGUACCACCAUACAAUGGUGCCUCUUCUUUGUUAUCUUGGGAUCUACACGAGGCAGUCAUUGAUCCAUAUUAUUGUUAUCAUCAAUGCAUCAGUUCAUGUUGUAAUGUACGCUUAUUAUUUCCUUUGUGCUAUAGGAAAGAAGCCUUGGUGGAAAAAGCUAGUCACAGACUGUCAAAUAAUUCAGUUCAUUCUGGGAUUUAUAUGUUCACCUAUUAUGUUGUAUUAUCACUUUACUACUGAAGGCUGCUGUGGAUUUGAACUAUGGUGUGUCGAUAUUGUUUUUAACACUUCACUCUUGCUGCUCUUUCUCGAUUUUUAUUCCAAUAAUUAUGGUAAGAAAAUGGGGAAUGACCCUAAUAGUAAGAUUGAAAAACAAACAUAA